CCCGGGUGCUUAGCCCCUUUGGAUCUGUCUGGCUGGCUGGUUAACCCAACUGGCCCAGUGCGGUAGCCAUGGGUCUGCCAUUGGCUCCUCCCUCACUGGGAGCUGGGCUCCAGUUCCUGGUGCAUUCUCCAGCAGGGAGGUCUCCUUACCAGGCUGCCCGAUCUCUCCCUUCUCUCCCUGCAUCCCGGCUGCUCCGUCCCGGCCGUCACGCCCAUCUCUGCCUGGAAGACCCUGGCUUCCAUGGAUGCCGGGUGUGCCUGGGAUUCCGUGCUGCCCAGAGCACAGGCUCGGGAUCUUGUUGUCCUCGAUCUGGAUGGAACUGGCGAUCAGCCCGAGGAAGAGGAAGAGGAGCUGUUUCAUCUCAGCUGCCAUGGAGGGGCUGGGAGGAGAGUGAACCGUUAUGUCUCUAGCGUGCUGAGAGCUGGAGGCCCUGGCUUGACAGCUCUGAUUAGGGUGUGCGGGCUGUAUGUUCCCCUCACUCCACAGCGACGCUCCGACUGAGGUUGGGUACCAGAGACGCUGGACACUGGACUUGAUGGACCAGCAGACCAGCCCAGAAGGGUAGGAGGAGCCGCCAAGGGAAAGAGGCAGAGAAAGAGAGGGAGCGAGGGGAAUGGCAGAACAGGGAAGGACAGAGGAGGGUGAAGGAGGUGGCUUGCAUCCUCGUCUAGAUCACCUCCCCAGGUCGCUGCAGGUUUCUCCUUGGACAGCAGGUGAGCCGGACGGACAGCAGCAUCGCGAAGAGCCCAGCAAGGUCCCUGAUCACCUCCACAGGCUGGAGUUUUCUGCCUGGAGGCUGGCCGUAAAGCCCCCUUGCUCCCCCCCACUCAUGGCCUGGGGCUCCCCAGCUCCAGAGUAUGCUGAGUUCUGGGAGCUGGGGCUUUGUCAGCAGGACUGGGUGCAGCUGAUCCGUGAGCACCCGCAAUCCCAGGGAACAGGCCACGACCAGCUCUGCAGGUGGAUACAGAAACGCAAUGGAGGAAACGACCGGGGCAGCCAGUAUGGGUGUGAGGGGAACUCUCUCCCCCGUCGCUGGAGCACGGGACACGGUGCCGGAGAGCCCCCGAGAUGUCUGACGCCUCGCUGCCUGGGGCCCCGGGCCCAUGGAGAGUCCCAGAAGACAACAGCCACUCCAACUGGAUGGACACUGGGCACCUAGCAACUAACGACCAUGGGUGCCAGCAGGGGAACGAGGACAAAGGACGGAGGAGGGGCCGGGUGGGGUUGCUAAGUGGGGGGCUGCAGGAAGUGGCGGAGACAAUCCUGGACUGGGAUUAAAGAGGGGUCAGAGGGCUCUGAGCCGGAUGCAGAUGCUCUGUGCUGUAACUUUCUGUUCCCUGGGUUAACCAAGGGCUGCCGACGCUGUGUUCCAGACAUCUAAUAAACCUUGUUGCUGUUACA